UAUAGUUAAUGCUUCAUUAAUAUAGUUAAUAAAGAUUGAAUUGAUAUAUCUCGCAUACUACAAAUUCAACUCAUCACUGUACACAAAUUGAAUAAUAUUAGCUACUUAAUUACACUGACGUCCACACAACUCUCCUUCUAUAAAUACUAUGCCAUUCCCCAAUGACUGCAUGCAAUGCAUGAAAAGUAGUGAGAGUCUGUGACAGAGUGGUAGAGAAGAUAUAUUUUUUAAGGAUAAAAAAAUUGCUAUAUAUUUUCCUUGUAUAAUCUCAAGAAAUGGCCCUUCUAGAUUUUCACCACCCUUGGCUCUUAGUGUUUGGAAUCCUAGGUAACAUUAUAUCCAUCAUCGUAUUUCUCGUACCAACAUCAACAUUUCUUCGAAUCUACAAAGAGAAGUCGACAAUGGGUUUUCACUCAUUGCCAUAUGUUAUAGCAUUGUUAUCUUCUCUGCUUUGGAUGUACUAUGCUUUCCUAGUGAAGAAUGCCAAUCUUCUCAUCACCAUCAACUCAGUGGGAAUUGUUACUGAGACUAUCUAUAUCACCGUUUUCAUUGUCUACGCAUCAAAAAAAGCCAGGAAUCAUGCAUUGAAGGAGUUGAUUCUAUCUAUCGGAGGAUUUGUUGCAACUUUUUUAGUCUCAUGGUUCGUUUUCUCAGGCAAAGUUCGUAUAAGUGUUGUUGGAUGGAUUUGUGUGGCAUUCUCCCUAGGUGUUUUUGCUUCACCUCUAAGCGUUGUGCUCCAAGUUAUUCGAACAAAGAGUGUAGAGUUUUUACCGUUUUACUUGUCUUUCUUCCUUGCAUUAAAUGCAAUUAUGUGGGGUGGCUAUGGCGCAAUCUUGAAGGACUUGCGUAUCGCGUUGCCAAAUGUCCUGGGAUUUAUGUUGGCACUAGUACAAAUUUUGCUAUAUAUAAUCUAUCGGAAGGCAAAACCAGUUGCAGAAGAAGGCAAAAAAGUGGCGGAGCAUGUAGUGAACAUGGAGAUACAAGAAGCAUCUAAUCAAGGGAAAUAG